UCGCCACAAUCUUCAUCCAAAAGCCAAAGCGAGUCUCACAGCAGUCAAGAGCGAGUUCUAGUAGCGUGCUGAUCUGUUCUGUUGUUUUUAGUUGGGAAGCCUUUAGUUUGAUCAUGGAGGAUGAGAGGAACACCCAGCUGCACCACCAGGGCGGCGAGGCCCAGGAGAAGGCCGCCGAUCAGGUGGAGGUGAAGGACAGGGGGAUCCUGGACACCCUUCUCGGCAGGAAGAAGCCCGAGGACCAGGAGAAGAAGCAGGAGGAGGAGCUGGUGACCGGCAUGGAAAAGGUCACGGUGGCCGAGCCUGAGAAGCACGAGCACAAGAAGGAAGAGCACGAGGCCGGGGAGAAGAAGGAGAGCCUCCUCGCCAAGCUGCACCGCACCAGCUCUAGCUCUAGCUCGUCGAGCGACGAGGAAGAGGAGGUGAUCGACGAGAACGGCGAGAUCGUCAAGAGGAAGAAGAAGAAGGGCCUCAAGGAGAAGAUCAAGGAGAAGCUGCCCGGCCACAAGGACCACGCCGAGGGCGAGCACCACACGGCCGUACCGGCCCCGGCGCCAGCGCCCGUGGAGACGCACGCUUACAAGGAGGACGACCACAAGCCGUACGUCCCGGCGCCGGCUCCCCCGCCCGUGGAGACGCACGUCCACCACCAUGACCACGCCGUCGUCGUCCAGAAGAUCGAGGACGACGCGAAGACCGACGCCCCACCGGCACCGGAGGAGGAGAAGAAAGGCCUCCUUGACAAGAUCAAGGAGAAGCUCCCCGGCGGCCACAAGAAACCGGAGGACGCUGCCGGCGCACCCGCCGUCCACGCGCCAGCGCCGACACCGCACACCGAGGACGUGAGCAGCCCGGACGGCAAGGAGAAGAAGGGCUUGCUGGGCAAGAUCAUGGACAAGAUACCCGGGUACAACAAGGGCUCCGGCGAGGAGGACCACAAGGCCGCCGGCGCUGCUGCCGGCGAGCACAAGACCACCAGCUCUUAAGCUCGCCCGCGUGUCCUGACCGGGCCUUGAUCAGAAGCGUUUGGCGUGCGUUUGGUUCUGCAGUUCUGCUUUGCUUUAGUAAGUUUGGUUUCAAGAUGGGUUGCGCGGUCAAGGCCCCGGUGUGUUGAUGCCCGUACCGGCCAGUGCUGGUAGUGAGCGUUGCUGCUUUGUUGUUUGCUCUGGUACGGGCUUAGUUUGGUUCCAAGUCAGGGUCUGGAUGUUGGGUGUUGCGUAUUGUAAUUCGGCUGGGCUACCUGGGCAUUAUGCCUCAAUAUUUACUUUGGUUUCUGCCCAGCAUAUAUAUUGUCACGUUGUGAUCCUUGUGUAUUAUCAUUUGAAAGGGGAGUUCUAGAAAUCUAGCUACCUCAUUAUCUUACUUCUAGAGCUCACGCAAUGGCAUCCUCAAUGUAACUUAUAUUAUGCAAAAAAUAAAAGACAGUGUGACUUUU